AUGAACAUCAAAAAUCAAGAUAUUUUACCAGAAACCAGUGAAGAACAAUUAGCAUGUCUUGCUAGCAAUCGGGAGAGUAAACAAAAAAGUCAAAAAAGAAAACCAGAAAAUGAACAAAUACAACAGAAUAAUAGCAAUGAGCAAGCAUGUAAUCUAAAUGUAAUGAAUAUUGUUACUAAACAGACUAAUAAUAAUCAAGAUACUCUAGAUCAAUGCCAAAGUAAUACUAAUAUACUUAAUAAGCUAGAUCAAAAUACUCUUGAUCAAGGCCAAAGUAAUGCUGAUUUACUUAAUAAGCUGGAUCAAGAUACUCUUAAUUAA